ACGCAGGUGUUGUUGGUCACCUUUCUAAAACGUGCAUAACCAACUUUUUUCUUCGAAAAAGCAAACAAAUUAUGUCUUCAAGUUCAAGAAGAUAUUUCUUCGGAUAAUGAUUCUGAUCUUGAUAUACUAGCAAUAGAAGCUUGUAAUAAGAUGAAGAAGUUGUUAGAAAAAUCAAAUAACACUGGGAAAAAGAAACAAAUGACCCUAACUCGUGAUAGGAAAAUGAAAUGUGACACUUUAAACGAAAGUGAGAAAGCAAAAUCUAGUCAAAACCUUUUUGACUUUGUAAUUGAUAAAACACCUCUAAGGUAUGAGAAUGAAGAAGUCACCAAAACAUUACAACCAUCUACAGAGACUGAUGACAAAACUGAAGAGAGUUCAAGUCUUGACUCAAACAAGGCAAAAAAGAAAGUGGGAAGUUUAUCAUCAAGUUUACAGACAAAAAUACAAAUAUCUGAUAAUUAUUUCCAAAAGACAUCUGAUAACAAAUCAAAGAAGAAAACUAGAUCCAAUGUAGCAGAUUUAGAUGAGGUGAUGAAGAAAAGUGUUUUAACCCCAGAUUUUGAGAAACAGUUUUCACUGACACCUUAUGAAGAAAGUGUUAGACAACAGAAAAAACAAAGACGGAAGGAGAGAGAGAAGACAAAGGGAAAGAACUGGUAUAACAUGGAAGCACCUGAAAUGACAGAAGAGAAAAAAAAUGAUUUGAUGGUUGUCCAUAUGAGGAAAGCAUUGGAUCCUAAACGAUUCUAUAAAAAUAAUGAUACAGUGUCAAUACCUAAGUAUUUCCAACUUGGAACAGUAGUAGAAAGUUCUGCUGAUUUCUACCACUCGAGGGUUCCCAAGAAACAGAGGAAAUCUAAUAUGGUAGAAGAACUUCUAGCUGAUGCUGAAUUUAGAACGUACAACAAGAGGAAGUAUGUUGAGAUACAAGAACAGAAAAGAAAAGCACAAGGUCCUUACAAACACAUGAAAAGACUCAAGAAAAAUAAAAGAUGAUCAUUUUAUAUAAUAGUUAAAUUUUUAUAUGAAACUUAUUGUAAUAUUAUAUAUACUAUGGUUAUAUCUGUCAUUGUCCCAAGUUUAACAUGAAACACAUUGAUAUCUAGGGAGAAAAUAACAAAAAGUACAAUUAGAAGCUUUCAGGCUGCACUAUGAUGUAAUUUCGUUUAUUUAGAAUUUGUCACAUUUCUUUAAAUGGAGUUUGGUUCUGGUUAUGUUUCACACAUUCAGGGUGGGGGGGGGGGGGAGAAAGUUCAUCAAAUCAGAGAUCGGGUUGUCGAAUCGUUUCCUUGCUCACAAAUUGUUAAUUAUUUGCCUUACAAGUAUUUGUCAUAUAUAGCCAAUUUGGAAAGGGGGUCUCACAUACAUUUUGUAGUUAGUCCUGUUAGUGGUCACCACACUUGUAGGAACAUAUUAAACAGGAAGAAUUAACACCUAAUGUGGCUUCCCAGAUUGCAGGGAUAUUAAAGUGAGGGACCCACAUAUAAUAUUGCUUUUCAUGUGAUAAAGUAUGCAUUAUAUAAUUUUAUUAUUUUAAAAAGCUUUCUGACCAAUUUAGGUUUAAUUUAAAUUGUCUUAUGGAAAACCACAUGGUAAAACGAUAAAAAGAAAUUAAUAAUAAUAAAACAUAUUUAGUCACAGAAUUUCAAAGUCAUUUCAACAAAAUUAAGCCUAUCUAGCAGUUC